GAUGGAUACUCUGAGCUGUCGGCUUAUGAGAGGAAAAGGCUGAAGAACAUCACAGAAAAUGCCAAGUUCUUCGCUGCUUUGAAGCUGCACAAGUCAGCUGCAAGACUUCAACAGAUGGCAAAUAAGAGACAGUCUCACACCACCAAAAGAGUGAAGCCUAAGAAGGCAGAAGAUGAAACAGUGCGGCGAAGAUCCAUGCGCUUACAGAGAAUUGAUCCGUCAGGAAUUCCAUUGGCAGAGAUGCCUGCCCAGCCUGAAGCAGAGGAAUAUGUAAAAUGGCCUCAGGUGCCAGCCGGACCUUUGCCAAUGAUUCCAGAAGAUCAGGUGGAGAACAGCAAAUUGACAGAUGACCUGUUGGCUACAUGGAUGAGGAUAAGUGAGGUGAAAGAUCAUGGUACUGAAAAGCUCACAAGUGACAUGAAAAGAUACCAGGACAGCCUGAACAGCAUGAUGCUUGGUGAAGACAGCAUUAAAAAGGUGGUGAAACACCGAGUGUGUUCCAUGGCUAUCCAUCCUUCGGAAAGCAUCAUUUUGGUGGCAGCUGGAGACAAGUGUGGGCAGAUCGGUCUCUGGAAUGUGAGCUGCGGGGCUGAAGAAGGAGCACAUGUCUUCACGGCACACAAUCACCUAGUCAGCUGCAUGCAUUUUUCUCCAUUCAAUCCCGCUCACUUGCUGUCUCUGAGCAAUGAAAGCCUGCGAUGUGGUGAUGUUACUAGAGCUGUCUUUGAUGAGAUCUGCAGAAGUGAAGACGAUGAAGUCACCCUGUCUUCCUUUGACUUUCUGGAUAAUAACGCCUCCACUGCAGUAGUAGGAUACUGGGAUGGCAACGUCUCUGUUGUGGACAGGCGGACCCCUGGGACGUCUCCAGAGCUCUCUGCAGACAUUGGCUUCAAAAGAACAAGGACAGUCCACGUUCACCCCGUGAAUAAGCAGUAUUUCAUUGCUGCUGGCUCCAUGGAUGUUUGUAUUUAUGACAUUCGGUACCUGAAGGCAAACCAGAGCAAGCCCGUGAGCAGCCUGAGAGGACACACCAAGAGUGUCGCUUCUGCCUAUUUCUCCCCUGUCACUGGGAGCAGGGUGGUGACGGUGUGUGCCGACAACAAGCUGAGGGUCUAUGACACCACUUCUUUGUCACCCACGGUCACGGCUCUCAGCACUGUCAGCCACAACAACCAAACGGGCCGCUGGCUGACCAGGUUCAGAGCAGUAUGGGACCCCAAGCAGGAGCACUGCUUCGUGGUGGGCAGCAUGGCACGGCCGAGGCAAAUCGAAGUCUUCCAAGAUACUGGAAAACUCUUGCACUCGUUUUUUAACCUCGACUGGCUUGGGUCCAUCUGCUCCAUCAACAUCGUUCACCCCAGUAGGAACAUCCUGGUGGGUGGCAACUCCAGUGGGCGCCUUCACGUGUUCAAAGAGUAG